AUGGCGGGGGGCAGAAGUGGGAGACUCCGGGGGGGGCUGUUCCGGGGCGAGCCCCCGGCGCUGCCUCGGGUCCGGUCGCUGGCGCUGCGGGUCCUGCCCGAGGGAAGACAGAGCCCGCCCCAUCACCCCUGCCACCGCUCCCAUGAUGCACCGGGGCCACCGCCAAUCUCCCAGUGCCCCAUCACCCCCGCCAACCGCUCCCAUGAUGCACCGGGGCCACCGCCAAUCUCCCAGUGCCCCAUCACCCCUGCCAACUGCUCCCAUGAUGCACCGGGGCCACCGCCAAUCUCCCAGUGCCCCAUCACCCCUGCCAACCGCUCCCAUCAUGCACCGGGGCCACCGCCAAUCUCCCAGUGCCCCAUCACCCCUGCCAACCGCUCCCAUCAUGCACCGGGGCCACCGCCAAUCUCCCAGUGCCCCAUCACCCCUGCCAACCGCUCCCAUCAUGCACCGGGGCCACCGCCAAUCUCCCAGUGCCCCAUCACCCCUGCCAACCGCUCCCAUCAUGCACCGGGGCCACCGCCAAUCUCCCAGUGCCCCAUCACCCCUGCCAACCGCUCCCAUCAUGCACCGGGGCCACCGCCAAUCUCCCAGUGCCCCAUCACCCCUGCCAACCGCUCCCAUCAUGCACCGGGGCCACCGCCAAUCUCCCAGUGCCCCAUCACCCCUGCCAACCGCUCCCAUCAUGCACCGGGGCCACCGCCAAUCUCCCAGUGCCCCAUCACCCCUGCCAACCGCUCCCAUCAUGCACCGGGGCCACCGCCAAUCUCCCAGUGCCCCAUCACCCCUGCCAACCGCUCCCAUGAUGCACCGGGGCCACCGCCAAUCUCCCAGCGCCCCAUUACCCCUGCCAACCGCUCCCAUGAUGCACCGGGGCCACCGCCAAUCUCCCAGUGCCCCAUCACCCCCGCCAACCGCUCCCAUGAUGCACUGGGGCCACUGCAAAUCUCCCAGUGCCCCAUCACCCCCGCCAACCGCUCCCAUGAUGCACCGGGGCCACCGCCAAUCUCCCAGUGCCCCAUCACCCCAGCCAACCGCUCCCAUGAUGCACUGGGGCCACCGCCAAUCUCCCAGCGCCCCAUUACCCCUGCCAACCGCUCCCAUGAUGCACCGGGGCCACCGCCAAUCUCCCAGUGCCCCAUCACCCCCGCCAACCGCUCCCAUGAUGCACCGGGGCCACCGCCAAUCUCCCAGUGCCCCAUCACCCCUGCCAACCGCUCCCAUGAUGCACUGGGGCCAACGCCAAUCUCCCAGUGCCCCAUCACCCCUGCCAACCGCUCCCAUGAUGCACCGGGGCCACCGCCAAUCUCCCAGUGCCCCAUCACCCCUGCCAACCGCUCCCAUGAUGCACUGGGGCCACUGCAAAUCUCCCAGUGCCCCAUCACCCCUGCCAACCGCUCCCAUCAUGCACUGGGACACACGUCCCAUGAUGCACCGGGGCAGGUGCCAACCCCCCCAGCGCCCUGGCCGCCCCCCCAAACACUCCCGUGA